ACACGUAAAUUAUCAUACUGAAAUAAUCCUCUUUCGCGUAAUCUUUGUUGGCAUUCGAGACAAAUUAUAUGUAUUCUUUGCUGGGCAAACGAACCGCCCAAGUACUGGGGCAAUCAUUAAGAUACAGAAAUAUUCGUACGAUGGCCACCAGAACUCCAGCCCGUAUAGCGGUUGCGCAAAUGCGCUCCACAAACGACAAGCAACACAACUUCGCACAGAUCCAAACCAUCACGGAAAGGGCCAAGACAAAAGAUGUUCAGUUCAUCUUCUUCCCAGAGUGUUGCGAUUUCGUUGGGACACAUCGGGAAGAAACGUUGAAACUGUCCGAACCACUGACUGGCCCAACCGUGGAACAGUACCGGAAGCUGGCUAGAGAGCAAAAUGUUUGGCUUUCGUUCGGAGGAAUUCACGAGAGCAUUGUCGAGGAGACGACUUCCGGUCAGCAGGUGAACAAAAUCUACAACACACACAUACUGAUCAAUAAUUUCGGAGAGCUGGUGGCAAGCUAUCGGAAAUUGCACAUGUUUAAUGUGGUGACGCACGAAUUUAAAUUUCGGGAAUCGGAAACAGUUCGUUCUGGACCGGCAUUGGUCCCACCGGUCGACACUCCAAUCGGACGGAUCGGACUACAGAUCUGCUACGAUAUGCGGUUUGCAGAGGCCAGUACUAUCUUAAGGAAACAAGGGGCAGAAAUUCUCACCUAUCCGUCCGCGUUUGCUGUGUCGACGGGUCGUGCUCACUGGGAAGUUUUGCUUCGAGCUAGAGCAAUCGAAAAUCAAUGCUUUGUAAUUGCCGCUGCACAAAUUGGGUUCCACAAUAAGAAGCGCGAGAGCUAUGGCCAUGCGCUAGUCGUCAACCCCUGGGGAACCAUCCUGGGUGAAGCUAGCAAUCAGGACCUGGACGUCGUUGUCGCUGAGUUAGACUUUGGCAAGCUGGAAAGCGUACGAGCCAACAUGCCUUGCUUCGAACACCGGAGGGACGAUGUUUACAGCUUGUCUACACGUGCCGGCCUGCCUUACACUAGCAGUACAAUUAGCGCCGAGAAGUACACGUUUGGAGGCAUACCCAUUCAGCCGGAAACUAUUUUCUACGUUUCUGAGCAUUGCUUCGCUUUCACCAACAUCCGCUGCGUUGUACCAGGGCAUGUUCUCGUGUCAACCAAACGUCCUGCGGCUCGUCUACCGGAUCUAAACCCGGCGGAAAUAUCCGACUUCUUCCAGACUGUGUGCAAGGUACAGAAGGUAGCAGAACGGCUGUACGACGCCACUUCAUCCACCGUGACGGUGCAGGAUGGGCCAGAUGCAGGCCAGACUGUUUUCCAUGUACAUUUUCAUGUAAUGCCACGCCAUGUGGGUGAUUUCCCAGAGAAUGAUCAAAUCUAUGGUGAGUUGAACCGUCACGACAAGGAACCGGAACGGCCUCGGCGGUCGAUAGCAGAAAUGGCUGCAGAAGCAGCACGGUUUCGUGAAGCAAUGUCCAGGAUGGGAUUAUGA